AUGGCGACCAAUCUUCACGGACUCCGCGAUGUUCCUCGUCGUACCUUCAGAACCAGAACGCCCCCCGACGUCCACCAGGACGCGAUCAUCCUUGCCGCAGCAUCACCGGAUAUCGAGUCAGGCUCUCCCUCCAGAGAAGGAUGGAUCCUUUCUGACUUAUAUGCCUUCAACUACAUGCUCAAAGGCCUCGGCUCCGAACAGGUCUGGCUUACCACAGCGUCCCCGACCGAUGUCAUCGCCCGACACGGUGACUGUGUACACGGAAACAAGGUCGAUGACAACCAGAAGAUCGUCCUGAGCAAGCCAUUGCUCGAGAAUGACCAGCUGUCGCCCGUCACAGUUGUCGACCCGGAGGAGAUGAUCGAGUCCUACCUGUAUCACGUCGAAAAGAUGUCAGCAAAGGCAGCAAGACAAGACCAACCCCUGCUUCUCAUGCUGUUCGGCAUCGGUUUCAGCGAGACCGGAUUCCUCAUGAACACUCGGGACCGCGACACAAGACUCGACUUUGAGAGGCUGGAGACAAGACUCGACUUUGAGAGGCUGGAGAACGCGAUUGCUGAUGGUUGUCGCGCCACCCUCGUCUCGCCGAACUGCUUCUCUGGUGGAUGGGACAUUACCGAUCUCUCGAAAGGCGACCCUGCACGAAUGGACACCCCCAUACUGGUCACACCUCAUGACGAGAUCAUAUCUCACGCGGCUCGGAUGUGCGGGUCUAUCUUUGCAGGACCAAUCAUCAAAACUCUGUCAUCUUCUUCGAGCCCUCUCCUUGACAUCCCGACCGAUGGCGACACGGAACCGGAGAGCCUUCAGCCGAAAGAACCAACGGAAGAGCAAGAGGCGGCGUACAAUGCUUUUUGCGCGUCGGUAGUAGAUGCUUGUACGGGUGACGAGACUUGGGAUCGACAUGGCUUUUUCUUCAGAGCCGAGGAUGACCAUUGGAGCAAGUCCUGGACGCGUUCGGGGAAGACCCUGGAAUACUUUGAGAAUCGAUGGAAUGCACUGGAAACGCCCAAGAACGACGACACUGGCAGCGACGACAGAGACUCUCAAGCAAAUGACGAGCGGAUCUCCGCCAUGGCCACGCUGUUCAUGGAGAGUUGCCCGGGAGAUUGGAGUGGCGGCUAUAACAUUAACGUGCGUACUCUUCUGAGGGAAACGGUCAAAAACCCCGGCAAUCCUGAACCCUUGCCCUACCGAGAAGAAAUCGAUCCUGUGAGCCUUAUUCGCUACCGGUGGGAGCUCGGCCAUCUCGCGGACCUGCUGGUGCGGCACUACAACCUCCCCGUGCCCAACGACGAGAUUUUCAUCUCAUGGAGGCGCAUGGGUCAGCAGACACAAAACACCAGAGAAAUUCACCACUUCAGUGAGCACUCCGGCCGGGCUUAUGGCAUUUUCUCCUACCGUGGUCUUGGGCCAGGUCCAGCUCGCGCUCAGGGAUACCAUUUCAACCGGUACUUCCUGUAUACGUCGAAAGCGGUUGCGUUGACGGGAGGAUCCGAGGCCGAGAUUGUCAAGCUCGCGGAAGAUAUGGUUUUGUUUGUUAAGAAGCUGCAGCAGUUCGUCACGGGUCCUGUUCUUGAGAACCAAGACGUCAUUGACAAGAGGAAGAGGUGA